GUCAGAAUGGAGAGAGAGCGAGGAGAUCCAAGUGUCGGCUAGCGCGUCGAUUCGGAAGUGAAGUACGCACGACGUCUCCUCGAAAGGCGUUGAAGUGGCAUAAGCAUUCACAGCUCUGAUUGGCUAUUUUUAGAUUCACGUUGGAACGUCGGGGAUUCCAACGUGAAUUUGUGUGUUGUACACAAACUGUCCAUCUUAUCCAUAGUUGAAGCCAACAAAGAUGUCCGCACGCUCGCUGGUAUCACGCUUAAUCCCGCCGCUCGCGGGGCAUUCGCACAAGGGACAACAAGGCCGUGUGGGCGUCGUCGGAGGAUCGUUUGAGUAUACUGGCGCCCCGUACUACGCCGGUAUUUCGAGUCUUAAGACGGGAGCGGACUUGUGCCAUCUCUUCUGCGUUGAGGAGGCUGCUGUCCCAAUCAAGAGCUACAGUCCCGAGCUGAUUGUCCACCCGCUUCUGCGCUCGGAUGCGGCGUUGGCGAGAUGCGAGGAGUCACAACGCUCUGAGAUCUUGGCGGAGGCGGUGGAGAGGAUCGCACAGGUGCUGCCGAGACUGGACUCGCUGGUGAUUGGACCAGGACUCGGACGAGAUGCAAGUGUGCAAGAGAUCGCUCGAAAAGUGAUCGCUAAGGCCAGGGAGGCCAAUUUACCAUUGGUUCUGGACGGCGACGCUCUGUAUCUUGUUAGUGUGGACCCGGACACUGUAAAGGGCUACAGAAACGCAAUUCUCACGCCGAAUGCUAUGGAAUAUGCACGACUGUGUGCCACGACACGCCUGGUAGCGAGCAUUGACGUCGCACAAGCUGCAAAGAUUCCACCUGCUCAGCUCAGUGAGGCCCUAGGAUUCCCAGUCGUCAUUCAAAAGGGUGGUGUCGAUACAUUUUCGGAUGGCAAGAACAGUACGGAAGCUUAUUUUUCCUACCGAGCAAGAUCUAUGCUUAUCCAGUGAUCUGGUGUGUGCUAACUCGUUCAUGGGCUAAUUGCAUCGUAUAGCUCUGAAAAAUGAUGAGUUUGGCUGCCCACGCCGGUGCGGAGGACAAGGAGAUGUACGUCUGCAUCCCAUCUUGCGUGCCGCCAUUGAGUCUUUCAAGUAAUCGAUGGUAUCUACAUAGGUCCUCACCGGAGCAAUUGGGACGUUUGCUGCUUGGACGAAGAAUGCUGAUCUGGGCGACUUCGACGGCAAUCCGCUGUUGCUUGCUGCCUAUGGAGGCUCUCUUGUGACACGAGCCAGUUCAUCUCUUGCCUUUGACGAACACCAGCGCUCAAUGACGGCUCCCGACGUCUUGCACAGCGUUGGCAAAGGCUUCAUCAAGGCGUUCCCCAAUUCGUCCAUGUAGAUGAACCAGUCAGCGGGACCGAAGACGAGCCGUAGUGAGUCAAACGGAGUUUUCUGACUUUACUUUGCGUCUCAGCGUGUCCACGUUGAGAACGACGUAAGUUUGGGGCUUUAUGUGGCAUUUAACAUUUUACAAUAGCCGUCGAGCGCCAAAGCUCGCGAACGUAGGCUGAAACUAAAGACGACCUCGUUCUACCAUCGCUCCAAACAUGGCACGAUAGCAGGCAAUCGUCAAGAGGCCAAAGCGCCUCUCUCUCCAACACUUCUGGUCUCUCUGUCUCUGUAUCUCGCUCUCUUUUCCACCGUUGAUAUCCAUCAUCAACCCUUGUGGAUCCUAACCUAACAGACGGCGUUAAUGGUUUUGUACAGAUC